GAGAAUAGUGUUAUAAAUGAUUAGUUUGAUUGGGGUUCAAGGCAACAAGAAGACUUUCCCAUAUAAAAAAUUGAUUUUAUGUGUCAAUACGUGAUUUCUCUCUCUCUCUCUCGAUCUCCCAACUCUCUCCCUCGAUUGCUCUCGAUCUCGCAUCCUCUCUCUGUGUUCUCUUAAUCGAUCAUUCCUUCAAUUAAUCAAUCAAUCCAUCGAAUGGUGAAGGAGAGUUUCAAAUACGUGAUUCUGAUCAGUGACAUCUCCAUUGUUGAUUAUUGACUUGCAGCUACAUAUGAUAUCUCUGCUCUUGUAAGCAAAAGUGAUCUCUUUCUAAUAUCUUAUUUCUUUGGUUUUAUUUGUUGAGGUUGGCUCCUUAUCAACCUUGGGGUCAAUGCUCGUAGAUAAUGGGCUUGCUGCUGGUAUGGGAUUGUAAGGCCCCCAAUCUUGGACUUUUGAAGCUAGUACUAUUUUUUAAAUGAAGAUCAUAUGGGUGACGUAAAAUUUUAAGUCUAAUGAUUUUUCUGAUGCAAACUCAUUAAGAAAAAAAUAAAAAAAACUUCCAUGUGCAAAAAGCUUGCUGCCCUGAUAUUGCACAAUGCUAUUUUAGAAUAUAAGGUAAGUUUUAUUGAUAUCAUUAUUGAGUUUGCUAUUGACUAAGAAUGAGGUAGUUAGAGGAUAAUAUUGAAAGGAAAAGAGUGUCUUUUUGAGUCAUGCAAGUAUUGUAGUAAGGACGAUCUUUAAAUUUUGAGCAACAGAGAAAAGGAAAGUUGUAUUUCUUGUAUGCAUUUUGAGUCUUCAACUAAUAUAUUCAAGCUACUUCAUGUCGGAAGUGAAAUUUCUUAGAUUAGAAGUUUUAGAGAAGCUACAUCUUUUAUGGACACUAUGUGUCUUCCUUGAGGAUUAACCAAAACAAAGAGUCCCAAAAAUUUGGGAAGUCAUCAUAGCGAAACAUUUGCAUUUCAGAAAAAAUGCCUAGCUUUUGUAUUUUGGCAUACUGCAUACAUAAAGACCAAUACGAAUGCAAUGUUUUAUGCCUUUUUUUCAAUGUAAUGUGUACUAGAAGUCCAUACCAUAAAGCAUAUUCCGCCUCUUUUCAGGUGUUGGUUGACAUGAUUCAGGUACCAGAUUGGGCAUUUGAAGCUGCUGGCUAUGAAAUGAGAGGCAUGGGCCAAGAGGCAGCAUACCAGCCCGGACUAUACUUGACAGCAACUCAGGUCCUGUUGAAACCCAUUGUCUCACAGCUAGCUGCAGAACUGCCAGCUUCUAUGGAAGAAUAUACGAGUAUACCAUCUGUUCAAAAUACUGUAUUAUUGAUUGAUAUAUUGAUUGAUUUUCUGUCUAUUACAAAUGGUUCCUUAUAUAGAUGUAGGUGUAGUGGAUGGUGGUAGUGGUGUAGUGGGUUAGGUUU